UUCUUUUUCCGUGGGGUGGGCUCCAGCAUCCCCUCCUCUCCUGCUGCUGCUGCCUCUGCUCCCCCUUCGCCCUCCUCCCCGGCUCUUCCUCAGGGGCUCCCCUUUGCUUCUGGAUUGCUUAAGGAUUUCCACCCAGCAGCCCCCUUCCCUUCCCUGCUGGGUCAGCCGUCUCUCCCCUGAGACAUGGCUUCUCAAACCCACCAGCAGCCCUCCACCUCCAUUCCCUCUCUCUCUCUCUCUCUCUCUCUCUCUCUCUCUUCCUCAGGGUAUCAUGCUGGUGUACGACAUCACCAACGAGAAAUCCUUUGAAAACAUUCAGAACUGGAUCAGAAACAUCGAAGAGCAUGCAUCCCCAGAUGUGGAAAAGAUGAUCCUUGGAAACAAAUGUGACAUGAACCACAAGCGGCAAGUGUCCCGAGAGCAAGGAGAGAAGGUGAGGCCAAGCAGGUGGCGCUGGCCUCCUGAGGGCUCUCUGCCAAUGGGUACUUGCCUGCAAGAAAGGGAGGCAUGGGGGCAUCAUCAAUAAGGAGGCUUGUUGAGGCAGGAAUGGAAUCAGGCUGGGCAUACUAGGCAGGCCCAGCCUAUCUCACUAUCAUUGGAGUUAGAGUUGCUUUUUUGGAUUACAACUCCUGCAGCCACCAUGGGCAGUCCCUGUCCCAACAAAGAAACACUGCCAAGUUCCAUUUAUUAUUUUUUCAGGGCAGCCCACAUUUAAUUUGCUGUUUGUGUUCAAGUAACAGAUAAAUGGUGGCAAUUUUUUUAAAAACCCAAAGAUUGUGUGUGUGUGUGCGCACACACACACACACUCCAUUAAGUGGGUUACUUUAGGUCCCAGAAUGUCUUGGGGAGGGAGUGCAUGUUUGUCUCACUUGUCUUUUAGCUGGGGCAAUGGCCUGUGGCAAAAAAGGGCCCAGGGAGUUAGAAGGGCUGGAUGAAGAACAUGUUGGCCAUUGGGUUGUUCUGCAACUCAGACAUUCUGUUGGAUUGCUGGAGCAGAGAGUGAGUGAGCAAGCAGAGGCUACGUUCUUUCUAAGACUAUAUACAGCUAUACACACACACACAUACCCAUUAGUGCAAGUUGAGCAGCAGAGAGACCCUCUGUCUGCUUGCCACUCUGGCCUGAGGAGGGAGCAAGCUUGUUUUCUGCUGCU